CGCGCCUCUCUCGGCUUCUUCGGCUGAACCGGAAAUAAUUGGUUGGCAUUAGCAACGUUUAGGCCGAUCCAGGCCUGAAUACAGACAUAGUAGCCGAAGAAACAGAAACAAACAGACAGAAAACCCACUGAAGGACAUACAAUCCUUCCUGUCGAGCCUCAUACUGAGAUUGUGAGGCCAGAGACUAGAACAGAAUGACCAGCUCCUCUACCCCUAGAAUGCACACGUACAAGAGGACCUCCAGCCCUCGAUCCCCAACGAAUGCAGGAGAGCCUUUCACACCAGCACAUGAAGAAAAUGUGCGCUUCAUCCAUGACACUUGGCUUUGUGUUUUGAGAGACAUUAAAUCUCCACAAAAUAGUGAACGUAAUGAUCGUGGCCCACAGGAGUAUGUGGAGAAAAACCCAAAUCCCAACCUACACUCUUUUAUACCAGUGGACCUGAGUGACCUUAAGAAGCGGACCACACAAGACUCCAAGAAGUCUUAAACCGCUCCCUCUCUUUCUGAUCCAGCAGGUUUUGUCCUCCCUUUUACAUUUGGGACCUUUUUACUCUAUCAGUCUCCUGUCGGCCGACAAAGAUCCACACGCUGGGAGAUUCGGCCACCUUAGUCCAGAAAGCUUCUCUUUUCUCUGCCUCUUGGACCUGUGGUCUGGACUUACAGGCUGACAGAUAUUUAUGCGUUACAUUUUACACAAAAGCGGCCAUUCCCUGUUUGUCAUGUGUUUUUUUUUUUUUUUUGAUUAUUUUUCAAUUAACAAAGACCUGUUUCAGGGUUGGUUUUUUUUUUUUUUUUUUUCACUCCUUGGGUUUAAAUUCUCCUCCGUAUAUUAUUAUUAUUAUUUUUUGAUGUGUAAAUGACAAUUGAGAAAGGCAAAGAACAGUGAUGCUUAAACUGUUGGACAUGACUCUUCACAAACGUUCUCAAAACGGGACGCGGUCCUGGAAUACCCCUUCUUUUUGGAAACAUGUUGAUCACCUGACGGGGAGCGAGUCGACUGACUGUUCAAUUCGUUUCAUAGAUCCAUUGAUUCAAAGAAGAGUUUAGUGAGUUUUGUCUGAUUGGCUCGGCAGAUAUUUUUAGUAAACACACCUCCAUUUUUAACUAUGAAUUGAUACCUAAGUAAACUUUCCCACAUCCUUCAAACCCAGCCUUUAAAAUAAAGAUUGCUUUUCUGUUA